CACCUCCUACCUUGUGACGGUGUGGGUGACCGCAGUCUAGUGCACGCCAUUCCGCGGUCUACCACGCACAUUCACACCUGCCGCGCCCUACACACGAACACAGCACCCUGACGAAGCUUACUAGAGUGCCAUGCUGACCUUGAGGGUUCCGUAGAGUCGCCAGUCACCAGGGGUGAAGGCAGGUGGAGGAGGAGGAGGAGGAGGAGGAGAAGGAGGAGGAGGCGAGCCGCGAUGGAGAUGGUGGAGACGCUGGUGGCCGUGGCGCUAGGGGUCUUGGCUGCAGUGUUCCUUGGGUCCCUGGCAGCCCUGGCCCUGGUAUGCUUCCGCCGAGCUUUGAACGCCAAGCACCGCCUCUUCUACAACCAGGACAUCAGGCCUGAGGUUCUGCUGAGCGGCGGGGAAGUGUGGAGCGAGCUAGAGUUGGAUGAUGUGCACCUUGCCCCUCAGAUUGACAAGAUUCUCAACGAUGCGCAGUGGGUGGACGACGCUACUGGUCUCAUUCCACACUGCCUGGCGAUUCUCAAACUCUGUCACCAGUUGGCGGAGCGACUGGUGGCCACAACCAUGUCACCGAUACACAGCGACCGUCUGCACGACAUUAUAGAGGUAACAAGACGUCUGUCACCUCGCAUUGAUGAUGUAGCCCGCGCGAUGUACCCGCCUCUAGAUCCUCGGCUGCUGGAGGCCCGCUGCUCGGCUCUCGUGCUGAGUCUGACUCUGCUCGCCUGGCACGCGCGGCAGUCCACCUCGGGCUCCACAGUGACGCUUAUCAACGAGGCACUCAAGGACAUGGACCACCACCUGAGUGUCUUGCGUGAGGCAGCAAUGUCUCACGAAACUUUCCACGGGGUCUUCAAGGAGGAGGCCAAGUGUGACCCUGCAGAGUGCUGAGCUGACCUGACCUCCCAUGACCUAAUUUUGGAUGCCUGCUGACCUGUUCCUGCGCUAGGUGCUGUGUUGACCUUUCGCGUGCUGAGAAGUGACGAGCGGUGUGUCUGUGUGACUGUGUGUGUGUGUGUGUGUGUGUGUGUGUGUGUGUGUGUGUGUGUGUGUGUGUGUGUGUGUGUGUGUGGAGUUAUUGACUGAAUGGUUAAUUGGUUGGAUAUAUUUUUCAGCGCAACAGUGGGGUCAUAUGGCGCCGUGGGAUUGAACGUGAUUGAAAGAAUAAAAAAAAGUGACAGUUCCUUUUUCUUAUUACUGUCAGUCAUAGAUAUUACACAGUUAUUAUUAUUAUUAUCAUUAUUAUUAUUAUUAUUAUUAUUAUUAUUAUUAUUACUGAGAGUUGGGAGGCGUACAGAAACACAAUGGUUGUGAUGUAAAUCAUUCCUGCCCAAUUUCGCUAUUAUUAUUAUUAUUAUUAUUAUUAUUAUUAUUAUUAUUAUCAUCAUCAUCAUUGUUAUUAAUAUUAUCAUUGAUGCGUGAUAUGUGUUAGUAUAUUUACAGGCAGGCAAAGACCGAUAUAUAACUUGAAUGUGAUGUACUUGAUGUAAUAAUCACUAUAUAUUUAAUUACUUCAGCAUGUACCUGUCCUUCUGUUACGCUGAUUUGAGACAUAUACGAUAACACUUCC